AUGGAAGAGGUGCCGACUAUCCUCCAGAUAGGCUCCCCCGCUACAGGCAGGCGCCAACCAGAACAUUCGGUUCCUUCUGCCUUGCGUAUUGGCUCUCCAACAACAGAGGGUCCCUUACCGUCCCAGACUCGACCACCACUCGCACACAGGACCAGCUCUGGUGUCUCAAAUAGAAUUUCUCGAUUGUUUCCCUCUAGCAGCAGCCCCGAAGAAAUACCACAGUCGUUACCUUCGCCUCCAGUGCCAACUCCCGAAACUUCGAAUCGCAUACCUGUUGCGGCUACACCUCCCGCACCAAGGCCACUCGCGUUUACCGAGGAGACCGCGUAUAAUCCUCUUGCAAAUAUAUUUACCCAAGAAAAUGCCUUGCCACCAUUGCACAAGAGCAAUAGCAGGACUCGAAGGGUGUUGGAUAGGCUCGCCUCGUUGAACAACGGCUCCUUUAGGGCCCGUAGCUACAACCGCUUAGAUGAUGUGGAGACAGCAUACACAAAGGAAAGGCUCAAGGGUAUUGAAGAGGAAAACGAACCGGUCGGAUAUGACCUGAGUUCUCUUGGAGGUCUGCCAGUGAAGGGUGCCGAGACGCGAUUCACUGAAGUCGGCACAGGCCAAGCGAACACAGGGGCCCAGGAGCUAAAUGAGGCUCGUCAUGCUGCAGAAUACGAGAGUCUCGAGGCGCAACUGGGCGCUGGCAUGACUUCAAUCUUGCACAAACCAUUUACGCACACACCCGCGGGGCCAACACCAGGGUACUUUCCAGGCCAUCGGCGAAUACUAUCCGCCGACGAUGUAGUCGAAGAACAGGCCAAGGACGCUCAAAUUGAAGCUGAGAAGACUGGGCAAGUUAUUGCUGUUGCGGCAGAAGUUCCCGUGGACAUUAGCGAUUUCGAGGGCGUUGCGCGUGACUUUGAGUCAAUGGCCAGUCUUACAGCUGAAGCUGGCCUUGUACGAAAAGGCGCGGAAACUAGUUAUUUCUUUCCAAAAGAUCCUCAGAUGCCAAACUGGCGACCGGCCACGAUGAGCCAAUUGUGGAUACUAAUGCUUGUUUUGAUUGCACUUGCACUUGCUGCCGUACAGGAAUACCUCUGUCAGCGCUCUAUGAACGAAGUCAAGAAAAACCACGAAAGCGGCGGGCUGUUACAGUUUGAAAGAGUGAACCGAAUGGGCAUCACCACGUACUUUGCGUGGCAGUAUGCGCCUAUCAUGAUCCUUGUCUUUUACGGCGUGCUCUGGCAAAUGACGGAUUUCGAAGUCAAGCGCUUGGAACCUUUUUACCAGCUGUCCAAGAAGACGGGAGCGACCGCAGGAGAGUCUUUGAAUAUGGACUAUCUGACUUUCAUGAGCUGGUUGGUGCCCCUCAGAGCCCUCCAUCACAGACAGUUUGCCGUCAUCUACAGCUCGCUGGGCACAUUACUUGCUAGCAGUCUGGUCCCUGUUUUGCAGUCUCCGUCCAUUAUCAUGCAUACAUUUGAAAAGGACGGUAAGACUGCACCAUUGAAGUCGAUCAGAGUUCAACCAAUUUGGUCGAGGGCUGUUUCGGCAUGCCUCAUUGCUGUCGCGUGUUGCGGUGCAGCAUUGAUGUAUGCUAUGCGGCGAAAAAGCGGCUUGCAGUCAGACCCCAAAGGCAUCGCGGGCAUCGCAGCCAUGGCUACCAAGAGUCAUAUCCUUAAUGACUUCAAAGGGUUGGAUUGUGCGCCAUUGGAUCAGAUUCACAAGAAGCUUCGUACUCGAAGGUACAUUCUGCACAAGAGCUCACUCUGGCAGGGUGAGUACAUCCGAAAUAACAGAGAAAAGAUACACGAACAUGGCUCCGACCCCAGGCCUAUCAUGCUGCGGAAGCGGUCUGGAAUACCCUUUGUCGGAUUCCUCAUAGCGUUCACUGUAAUGGUACCGCUAGUUACAUUUGUCGAGCGUCUGGGUUUCGUGUCAGAAAAGCUUCCUUGGGUCAUGACCGGUCUAGCAACAAUGAUUCGGAUCCUCUGGAAUACGAUGAAUUGCGACGUUCGCAUGCUACAACCUUUCUACAUUCUUUCUCUCCGACACGCCCCAGCCAAAACCCUCACCCUGGACUAUGCGGGCACAAAUCCACUGUGGCUACCUUUCAAGGCCUUUUUCAAUGGCCACUUUCUGGUCAUGAAUGUUGCCCUCGGCUCAGUCUUUGCCGAAAUCAUGACCGUCUGCGUGUCCUCUAUCAGUGUAGAUGGCAAGCAGUUCAUUCCCGGGCUCUGGGAUAGCAGCAACAAUCGCGAUCAGCAUAAUCAGCCCAACACCGAACAAACCUUCCGCAGUUUCUGGACGAGCUUCACACUGACCAUGGCCAUUCUUCUCUAUCUCAUCAGCAUCGCGCUUCUAACCUACGUGAGGCGUAGCAAAAAGUUUAUGCCGCGCCAGAUCGGCACCCUGGCUAGUGUGCUUGCUUACAUUCACCAGUCCAAGAUGCUGGUCAGUUUUGUGGACACCGAGACAUUCAAUUCGAGCAAAAUGACGCGGCAUCUCGAGAAGAGUGGGAAGACGUAUGCGCUGGGCUGGUUUCAAGGACGAGACGGGGAUGAUCAUUUGGGUAUUGACGAAGAGGAGAUCCAUAGUGCCUAUGUGUAUGGCAAGGAUUGGACCGAAGGGAGGCUGAGGCCGGGCAGGGAUCAUACGUGGGAACAUUAUUAA